UUCACCCAAAUGCCAUGCAACUAGGAGCUUUCUGUUGAGUUGAGAUCGCAAGAACAAACAAACUCUGCGUCUGUUAGAUUCCAUCCCGAUUUCCAAUUUCCAAAUCAUGAAGCUGAAUUCAACACUCUCGCCACACAUCAGAAAGUGUAGUGUUGUUUAAUGUGUGGUGAAAAAUGCAGCGUGCUGAGGUGACGGUGGAGGAACUGUUGUUGGAAAAAGCGAUUAAGGAUGAAUGCCCAUGGGAGAAUCUUCCCAGGCGACUUCAACAAACGGUUCCUUCCAAGGAAGAAUGGAUCACAAGGAUAAUUGAAUACUGCGUAAAGAAGAGACUUCAAUGGAACAGUUGUUUCGCUCGUAAAUUUUGUAAAGAAAGCGAGUAUUAUGAAAAUAUGAUGCGGUACUUGCGGAAGAAUCUAGCUAUAUUUCCUUAUCAUCUGGUGGGUUAUGUUUGUCGUGUAAUGAGACUAUCACCUUUCAGAUAUUACCGUGAUAUGCUUUUUGAAGUAAUGAAAAAUGAACAACCUUAUGACAGCAUCCCAAAUUUUAGCGCUGCAGAUGCUUUAAGACUUACAGGAAUCGGGAGAAAUGAAUUUAUUGAUAUAAUGAAUAAGUGCAGAUCUAAGAAAAUAAUGUGGAAACUUAACAAGUCAAUAGCAAAAGAGCUUUUGCCUACUCAACCUGUGGAUUUUCCAGUUGAACCCUGGUGGGGAGUUUGUCUUGUGAACUUUACCUUGGAGGAAUUUAAGAAGCUAUCAAAUGAGGAAACGGCCGUAGUAGACAAAGUCUGUAAUGAGGAAGCAAAUUCAUUUGUCAUGUUUGAUCCUGAUAUCGUAAGGGGUCUUUGCAGACGAGGACUGGUCUAUUUCGAAGUUCCGAUAAAUCCUGAUGACCGGUUUAAAGUUUCCAGGCUUGAAGGCUUUGUUUCCAAUAGGGAGCAGUCUUAUGAAGAUCCUAUUGAAGAGCUGUUGUAUGCAGUUUUUGUAGUCUCAAAUGAAAAUGCAACUGUUAGUGAGUUGGCAACAACCCUACAGGCUGAAUUGUCACAGUUACUAGCUGCUGCUUCUUUUGUGUGUCGUUUGGGAUGGGCUACAAAAAUUAUUGAUCCCGAAUCUAUUAUUGGAAACUCCGGUAUAAAUAUAUCUCCUAGAAGAAGUAUAUUCAGUGACGAAGAUGCUUCUGUUGCUAGUCAGGGCUCUGAGAAUAUGUUUAUUGACAAUGACUCCACUCAGCAAGGAGAUGUUUCAGCUUCAGGAAACUAUGGUCCUCGUUCUGCCUUUACUCGCGUUGCUUUAAUAGUUGAUGCUAAUAUUACAUCCUAUCUUAUGAUGGGAUCUGUUUCACCAGGCCUGAAAACUCAUGCCGUUACACUAUACGAAGCGGGAAAAUUGGGUCAUGCCAGCAUUGCUGAUCUUUGCAAGGAUCUUAGCACCCUGGAGGGUACAACAUUUGAAGGAGAACUACAGGAAUUUGCAAAUCAUGCGUAUAGUCUGCGUUGUGUGUUAGAAUGUCUGCAUUCAGGUGGAAUGCCUGCCGACCAAAAAGAAGAGGGAGAUAUAAAUAAACUGGGUACAACUACCUCAGUCAAUGAUAAGUCAAGUUCUGUGAUAGCUGAGCCUGAAACCUCUUUGGCUGACAGAUCAAGAAACUCUAGUGAUGGAGAAACUGUAAUAAAUACUGAUGAUUUAGAAAAUUUUGAAUCAGAGAAGAAUGUAGUAGAGGCUUCUGUUCACUCAGAACUUUCUAGUAGUAUGGAUGAUGGAGACCAUUCUGUUACUUUGGAAGAUGGCAGUAAUCACAUUCAGCAAGUCGAUAAGUCAGACACAAAUUUCCAUAAUAAUGAUAUAGUAGUAGAAGUUGAAGGGUCAGAUGUUGAAACAGAAAUGCAACAGAAAAAGAAAUAUCGUGUAGACAUUCUCCGGUCUGAAAGCCUGGCUUCUCUUGCACCAGCAACUCUUAACCGAUUGUUUCUUCGUGACUACGAUAUACUUGUGUCCAUAGUGCCUCUUUCCCAUUCCUCAAUUCUUCCUAGACCCACAGGUCCAGUUCAUUUCGGUCCUCCCACAUAUUCUUCUAUGAGUCCUUGGAUGAAAUUGGUUUUGUAUUCAACUGCAGCUAGUGGGCCUCUGUCAGUUGUUCUAAUGAAAGGACAGUGUAUGCGCUUGCUUCCUGCUCCAUUGGCUGGUUGUGAGAAAGCCCUUAUAUGGUCCUGGGACAGUACCACAGUAGGAGGGCUAGGAAGGAAAUUUGAAGGAAAAUUAAUAAAGGGAAGUAUACUCUUGCAUUGUUUAAAUUCACUUCUUAAACAUUCUGCGGUAUUGGUGCUGCCUCUCAGUAAGUACGAUCUUAAUAAAUCUGGCAAAACAGCUACUUUGGAUAUCCCUUUACCGUUAAAGAACGCAGAUGGGACUAUUGCUUCAGUAGGAGAAGAGUUAGGACUUUGUGAAGAGGAAAAUUCGAAGCUGAAUUCUCUGUUGAUGAAUUUGUCCGACAAGAUGGAACUGUGGACAGUUGGUUAUAUUCGAGUUUUGAGAUUAUUUAUUGGAAAAGAAUCAGAUCAGUUAUCUUCUGAAGUAAAGUACGAAUGGGUUCCGUUGAGUUUGGAAUUUGGGAUGCCACUGUUUAGUCCAACCUUGUGCAGUAAUAUAUGUAGAAGGAUAAUUUCAUCGGAGAUGCUCCAAUCUGGCUCAUUUUCAGAACACCAUGAUGCAAUGCAAAACUUAAGGAAGAAGUUAUAUGACAUUAGUGCUGAGUACCAAUCAACAGGUUUCACCGGAAAGCUUCUUUACCAGAAACAGCAAGCAAAGGAGACUUUUGGGAAGCUUAAGAACCAAGCUAGUGGAAAGUUGAAUCCACUUCUAGAUCCUUCUUGUCCUAUUUCAUGGGCAUCAAGUGUCCAUCAGAGGUUAAAACUUGCUAAUCGACAGCGCUGCCAAACUGAAGUGUUGAGCUUUGACGGCAGUGUUCUUAGAUCAUACGAGUUAACUCCAGCCGAUGUAGCUGCCACAGCAGAUGUUAAAGAAGCAACUCAAGCGGAUACAAUGAAAACUGAAGCAGAAGAAAAUGAUAGUAAAGAAGCAAUCCUUCCUGGUGUUAAUCUUAUUUUUGAUGGUUCUAAGUUACUUCCAUUUGAUAUAGGUGCUUGCCUCCAGGCUUGUCAACCUAUUUGCCUAAUAACUGAGGCAGCGUCUGUCUCAGCAUCUGUAGCUAUGAAAUAGAUCUGCAGUCAUUAUAGAUUACUCCAUUUCAAAACAUGGAUACAAGUGAAUGACAAUGCCAAAGAUUUACUUGGCAAUGUUGAUGAAAUUAUUUGGUUCGUAUGCAUCUUCAAGGUGGAUGGUUUAUGCACAUAUGUGUGCUGAGGUUGGAAAUAAGGUUUUUCCACAUCAGGAAUCCACAUCAACUGAUCUUUGAACAAUGUAUAUAUGACAGGAAUUUUAUUUGCUACUGUCACAUACUUGCAACAAAGAGGACAUCAAGUCACCAGUUGCAAAUACAUGAGGAUAGUGUAGUCAUUGGAAUUCAUUAUUGGCCAUGUGUAAGCACAUAGUGCCCCAGGUUAUUCAUCAACUACAACACUUUGGUAACAGGAAUCAGUUUUUUUAGACGAAAUUCAUUUGUUCAUACAUACAUUUAGCCCAAUGUGGGGAAUGUCAACUGCAUUCAAGAACUAAAAUUGGAGAACAUUAUUUUUUAUAGGCUAGAAUGUGUUUUAACUAUUGACUAGCCUCUUCCCUCUGCUAGGCUCGGCAUAAAAAUGUUCAAGCAAUAGUCAACUAAUUAGAGCAUCACUUUAAAGCAAUCCAUUCAAGUUUUACUCUAAAGAUAAACUCCAUAGGAACUCAAAUGGUUCCUACAACUUAUCACAUAUUGUAUAUCUUAAAAUGGAUCUCAUAUUUUAUCUAGAAUAUCUAUAUUUUAAAUUUU